AUGGAGAAGAAGAACGAUAUCCUACGGCGGCCGCUGUAUCUGUACAGUCUGCCAGCUGAGAUCCUGGACACGCUUUCCUACACAGACGUGACAAACGUCGCUGCGUCAGAGACACAGGCGCUGACAACAGCCCCGUCAACCGAAGGAUCGGAAGCGUCAGAGCUCGGCUCGACUGUCGGCGGUCCAGCGUGCACGCUCUGUGGGCUAUCUUUCUCGACGGCUGUGGAUCAGCGAGGCCACGUCAAGUCGGACCUGCACCACUACAAUCUGAAGCAGAAGAUACGGGGAGCGGCACCAGUCACGGAGGCUGAAUUUGAGCGGCUGGUCGGCAACCUCGAUGAAAGCCUGUCGGGAUCGGACUGGUCCGAGUCAGAUUCGGAGACGGACGACGGCAGCAGCCGGGACGGCAAAGCGAAGAGCAGCAUAGAGUCAGAGGGAAACGUGUUGGCAGCUCUGCUCAAGAAACAGGCCGUGCUUGCCGAGAAGCAGCGAACCCUGGCAAGCGCCAACGGCAGAGACAAAGGGGACGAUAUGAGCAGCCGAGACGAGCGAAAUGCAGCGUCUGUGGCGACGUCUUCGGCGCAGCCGCUGGUGUGGUUCCGGUCGCCGCUGCUUCCGGAGCACACGUGCUUUGGGGUGUACCGAGCGCUGCUGACGGCCGACGAGCUGGCAGCACGGCCAGCAGAAGAGGCGCUACUGGCAGCAGUGCGUACACGACAGCUGGCGCCGAUCAGCGGGGCAGCAGGGUCGGGCGGCAAGGUAACAGCGACGGCGACAGCGACAGCGACAGCGACGGCAGCACCAUACACGGGCCGCCACGUGUUCCUCUGCAUGAUCGGGGGCGGACACUUUGCAGCGAUGGUGGUGGCGCUGGCGCCGCGAAAAGUGCGGGCAGGGUCGGUGCCGAUGAACCGUGAGGCCACGGUAUUAGCCCACAAGACCUUCCACCGGUACACGACGCGGCGCAAGCAGGGUGGGUCGCAGUCGGCCAACGACAACGCCAAGGGGACGGCGCACUCGGCGGGCUCGUCGCUGCGACGCUACAACGAGCAGGCGCUGGUGGACGACGUGCGGGCGCUGCUGGUGGAAUGGAAGGCGCUGCUGGACACGGCCGAGCUGCUAUUUGUGCGGGCCACCGGCACGACCAACCGGCGCACGCUAUUUGGACCGUACGACGGCCAGGUGCUGCAGGCUCGCGACCCGCGGCUGCGCAGCUUUCCUUUUAAUACGCGGCGGCCGACACAGAACGAGAUGAUGCGGGCCUUUAUCGAGCUGACCCGGCUCAAGGUGCGGGAGAUGCAGCCAGUGCCGGUGAGCGUGGACAAGACGGACAAGACGACCAAAACCCAGGCCAAGAGCAAGGACAAGCACAGAGGACCACUCCGGUCCGAAGAGGAGGAGACGGCGCUGCUGCACACGGCUCAGCUGCAGGCCCUGGCGCGACGGUCCAAGGUGCCGGCGCUGCUGGCGUAUCUGCAGGCGAACCAGCUGUCGGCGGCGACGCUGCGCUUUGUGCCGGCCGACGCGGCGCAGAACCACCACGCGCCGACGCUGCUGCACCUAGCGGCCGCCCAGAACGCACCGGCCUUGGUGACGGCUCUGCUGGUGCGCGCCGGCGCCGAUCCAGCUGUGCGCAAUGGCGACAGCCGCACGCCUUUUGAGCUGGCCGGCGACCGUGCCACGCGUGACGCCUUUCGCGUCGCCCGCAGCGAGCUCGCCGGCACCGCCUCCGACUUGCCGGCAAAUAUCUGGGAGGAAAGUCACGUGCCUGGUCCCAUGACCCGCGCCGAAGCCGAUCAGCGCGACGCCCGCGAAAAGCAGGACGACGUCCGUCGCGAGGCCGAGCGCCGCCGCGCCGAAGAGGCUCGGCUGGCCGCCGAGUCUGCCGCCGCUGCUGCUGCAAGCACCAAGAAGAAGCCCCUCGUCGUCACCGCCGCUGUGGCUAAGUCGGCACAGGAGAUCCGCGACGCCGAGACCCGCGGACUUACGCCCGAACAGCGCCAGCGACUUGAGCGCGAGCGCCGCGCACGCGCCGCCGAGGCAAGGAUGCAGCGGAUGCAGCAGGGCGGGUAG